AUGGUAAUAAACUAUAAGAAGCUGAAUGAAGUUACAGCUUUUGAUGGUUAUUAUAUUCCAAAGAAAGAACAACUCAUUGAGUUGAUCAGAGGAAAUCAAUGGUUCUCCUCAUUAGAUUGCAAAUCAGGAUUUUGGCAAAUUAAGCUAAAACCCGAAUGCUCCUCAUUGACGGCAUUCAGCUGCCCUCAAGGACAGUACGAAUGGAAUGUAAUUCCAUUUGGACCAAAACAAGCACCAGGUGAUUAUAAGCGAAGUAGAUUACGCGGUUGGCAGCAAUGGUUAACAACUAUCAACGAUAAAAGAUGGACCUCAAAAUCCAUCAUAGCUCUUAUGGAGCAGCAAAAAGUUUUCAUGGAGCUACUCUAUGACACGGACCCAAGCGUGCUUCAGCACAGGUUGGUUUGCUCUAUGCUCAACGAGACCCGUCCUUCAUUAAUUUUUGAUAGGUUGUUUUUGAUAGAUGAUGAUUUCCUGAAUACAGAGCAGGGUGCCAGGAGUGGAAUAAAAUUCCGGAGGCUUAGUGUAUGA